AUGUCUGGAUCAAAAGGCCUAACACCAUCAAAUGGUAGUGCUUCAGAUAAAAAGAAAAAAGACGAUUUGACAAACGAAGAUGAUGCUUAUAAUGCCAUAUUCGGUGGAGAUUUAGGUUCACUAGAGAUCGGAAAUUAUAUCGGUGCAGGUGGAGAUGAGGGAGACACACAUCAUUUACCAGAUGCAAUUGAUUUUGAAGAUGAAGAUGAACUGGCGGAAGAUGAACUUCCUGAGGAGGAAUAUGCUCAGGAUUCUGUUGAAACAAAGAACCACAUUGUUCUACCUAAACGAACGACUUCCUCAGGCGAACUCGAUGCAGAUUUAAUGAAUACUACUUUCGGUGGAAUUAUCCCAACUAAUAAUGAUUUUUCAGAUACAUUACAGCAGAAUACAGAGCAGAUAAUGGAUGAUGGUCUACCGAACGAAGAAUUUCACGCAGGUAACAAUGCUUUGUUUAUGGAAAUGGAUCACAGCAAUCUUCUCUUUUCAGAUCAACAAACAAGUUUUAGUGAAUUCUCUAAGGAUAUUACGGAAGAGCAUAGAGAACAAAGAGUUGAAGACUUUGGAAAUCAAUCUGCAUUGGUGGGAGUAAGUAAUAACGAACUUGAAGAAAAGCAGCGUGAAGAAGAACAGCGACAGUUAACUUUGAUGAAAAAUCGAGAAAAGAUAAAGAGAGACAAGUUACUAUUGAAGCAUUAUUUCCCUGACUUUAAACCAAACAAAAUUGUGAAAUGGAACCGUGCCAUAUAUAGGAAAAAACACGAAUACCUAUGGCAUUACAAUAAAAUUGACGCUGGAGAUCUUGGGGAACUUUUCCCGACUGACAUUAAAUUACACGUUCAAACUGACCAAAAAAGAUUAUUUAAAUUAGAUACAUCCACAAACGAAAACUAUCUGGUGAAUCCACAUCUGAGGAAUAAGGUUGAUAGAGGCAUAGUUAAAGUAUCAAUAAAUGAAUUAUAUCCAGCUGAAAUCAAGAAGCAAAAUAAGGAUGAAAACCAGCACCAAGAAAUUUCCGAAGAUAUAUUGAUUGCGACUGAUGAUUGGGAUGAGGAGGGGAUGAUUAACGGGUAUUCUUCUGAUGGAAAUUCAUUAUAUUCUAAUGAUCACCGUUCUUCUAAGAAAGAGGCAUUAAUAAAUAAAUUACAAAAUAAAAGCAACGAAUGGGAAUGGAAUGAGGAAGACCUAAUAGAUGCUAAACUAAAAUCGUCAAAGGCUGCAGAAUUAGAUAUGAAUGAUGAGCAGUUGUUGUUAUUGUUGGAAAAUAAACAAAAUGUUGAACUAAAGAAGAUACAAGAUGUGGUACACUCUAGUUCCACUAUCAAUGAAAAAAUAAUUCUUCAAAAGUUCAAGAUAUCCAAUGAUGAUGAAUAUAAUGUAUUGAGAAGAGCACAUCAACCUAGAAUACGUGCCACAAUUUCUAAUUUAAAUAUCGAACACUCUCAACCUGCAAUUAAUCUACAAUCGCCAUUUUACAAAGUUAACCCUCCUAGAACAUCUUUGAGAUAUUAUCACAGACCUCGCUUCGGUCAACAUUUGCGUCCCGGAAUGGUCAUUACAUUUAGUAAACUGAAGACUAGAAAGAGAAAGCGUGAUAAAGGUAAAGAUAUUAAAGAAUCAUUUGCGACCACUCAAGAUUUAACCAUUGGUGAUACAGCACCUGUAUAUCUAAUGGAAUAUUCUGAGCAAACACCAUUAGCAUUAUCUCAAUUCGGUAUGUCCAACAAAUUAAUUAACUAUUACAGGAAAAUUAAUGAUGGCGAUAUGAUGAGGCCAAAGUUACCAGUUGGUGAAACACAUGUCUUAGGUGUACAGGACAAAUCACCAUUUUGGAAUUUUGGUUUUGUAGAACCUGGCCAAAUUGUUCCAACCUUGUACAAUAAUAUGAUUCGAGCCCCUAUUUUUAAGCACGAGGUUUCAGGAACUGACUUUCUUUUGGUUAGAAGCACUGGUAACGGUAUCAGCAAUCGAUUCUUUUUAAGAAAUAUUAAUCAUUUGUUUGCUGUAGGUCAGACAUUCCCAAUAGAAGAGAUCCCAGGUCCAAAUUCAAGAAAAGUUACGUCAAUGAAGGCCACUAGAUUAAAAAUGAUAGUUUAUAGGAUAUUGAAUAAUACGCCAAGUAAAGCUAUCUCCAUCGAACCUAUUAAUAAACAUUUCCCAGAUCAAGAUUAUGGCCAAAACAGACAGAAGGUUAAAGAAUUUAUGAAAUACCAAAGAGAUGGGCCUGAUAAAGGUUUGUGGAAAUUAAAAGAGGGGGAACCUUUAUUAGAUAAUGAAAGUAUUAAAAAGUUGAUUUCACCUGAACAAGUUUGUGAACUAGAAUCUAUGAGUCAGGGUUUACAAUUCUGGGCCGAUAAUGAAAAUUUUAAUUUUGAUGAUGAAUCAUUGCAAUUAGAAGAAAAUUUACUACCCUGGAACUCAACAAAGAAUUUUAUUAAUGCCACCCAGAUGAGAGCGAUGGUCCAAGUAAGUGGGUCAGGUGACCCAACUGGUUGUGGUGAAGGGUUUUCUUUUCUAAAGGCAUCUAUGAAAGGUGGUCAUUCAAAGAAUACAAACGGUAAAGGACCUGGAAGGAAAGGAAGUAGUUCUGUUAAUGGACAUGGUCCUGGUGGAAUGACUCAACAACGUAUGUAUGAUCAUGAAAUUUCAAGGACGUGGUAUAAACAUGCAAAGAGUUUGAGCGUUAAUAAUCCAUUUGAAGAAAUCAAUGCCCCAGAUUCUUCUAACACAUCGAAUCGUGAGAUGAAUGUGAAAAGAAAAGAUAAUAAAGUACUAAGAAUCACCAGAAAGAAACGGGAUCAAAAUGGUAUUAUCCAGAGACAAACUAUUGUGAUUAAGGAUCCUAGAGUUAUUAAGGGUUAUUUGAGAGGUAAAGAAAUUCGUAAACAAGCCAAUUUGGACGUUAAUAGGCUAUUAGAGGAAGAUAACCCAAACAUUGAUAAUGUAGAGGAUAUUGAAAUGCAAAAGAAAUUGUUACAAAAUGAAUUAGCGUCUUUAGAAAAAUCACAACAAAGAAGAGUGGCAAGACAAACUUCCAAGAAACCCGUUAUUGGAGAAGAUGGUAAAGUCGUUAAAACAAGAAUUAGAAGAUGCGCUACUUGUGGACAACCUGGACAUAUCAAAACAAAUAAAUCGUGUCCUAUGUACCAUUUGAGAAAUAGCACUGGGAGGGAUACGCCUGCAAGUACAGCUGCAAGCACAGAAGCAGGAACGCCUGUUCCAACUGCAACUGCAACUACACCUGGUAGUACCGCUAAUGAUUAG